AAAAUACAAGGUAGCAGGCAUGUGUGGUGUGGGACUGAAAUAAACAUGAUGACGCGGUGGGCCUUGUUGGCUUCUUCUUCCAUUCUUGGCGCAGCCGAAGCUCCCAGCUCGUCUGCUACUCCGGCCACGACCAGGAGAGCACUCCUGCUCUUCUCCACCUCACCUUUGACCCUCGCCGCCGUCGCCGCAGCAGCUCAGCCCUCCUCCACUCCCUACUCCCAAUCGAGGACCCUGCAGCUCGGCCUCGACAACAACGGGAAGAUCAGGACAUGCCCUUCCACCAAUCCGGGCUGCGUGUGCACCAACCCCACCGUCGGCGCCUCCUCCUCCGUCGCCUCCCCGCUCAUCAUCCCGGACGCUACCUCCGCCGAGACCGCCGCUCAAUCUUUGCGACAGGCCAUCAUGAAGACACAGAAGAAUGUUGUCUUCAAAGUUGACCAGCAGACUCCUCACGGCCACUACAUCCAGGCGGAGGUGGACGGCGGCUUUGGCCGGGACGUGAUGGAGUACCUGGUCAGGAAGGACGCCGGCGUGGUGGCCUACCGUUGCAUCGCCACCAAGGUCACCUUCAUUUACCCGUUCACCACCGCCGUCGGUGACUCGCGGGGGCAGGAGCAGAGGGUCGACUCCGUCGCACAGGAACUCGGGUGGUACGCGCCAGACAUAUCAUCCUCCAUCGACUUCGAUGAUGUUUCGACCUGAUUCAGCUGAAGAUACAAAGAUGCACUAUUGCAGAACAUGUAAAAGGUUGAAGGAUAAUAAUGCCGUCCUAUAUCACGGCUUGCCAUAGAUAUGUAUGUACCAUAGCUGUCAAUUUGUGUUUGGAAAACAAGAAUCAUUAUAGGAAUCUCGCAGAUAACAAGCUAACUAUGGAACGAUUUUGGGGAAA